CUUGUAAGAAUGGCAGAUAGUUGCAGUCGGAAGCUCAUUGUUGAGGUCUGUAACGCGAGAAAUCUAAUGCCCAAGGACGGGCAAGGAACCGCCAGUGCUUAUGUGAUCGUCGAUUUCGAUGGCCAGAGGCGUCGGACGAAGACGAAGUUCAGAGAUCUGAAUCCACAGUGGGAUGAGAAGCUCGAGUUUCUAGUUAAUGAUCCGGACUCCAUGGCCUCUGAAAUCCUUGAGCUCAACAUCUACAACGACAAGAAGACAGUGAGGCGAAGUAAUUUCCUCGGUAAAGUCAAGAUCUCAGGUGGUGGUUUUGUGAAAUUGGGAUCUGAAACGCUAGUUUAUUAUCCUCUGGAGAAAAGAAGCGUCUUUUCGCAGAUCAAAGGAGAGAUGGGCUUGAAGGUCUAUUAUGUCGACGAAGAUCUCCCUGCAGCUCUCGACACGGCCUCACCACCGGAACAGAAAUCGGAAGCUCCAGCCGAGGCUGAAGCCGCACCACCGGCAGAGAAAGAAGAGGAAAAGAAGGAGGAGAAGAAAGAUGAACAGAAAAAGGAGGAGGAAAAACCAGCGGCGGCGACAGAAGAAAAACCACCGGAGAAUGCAAAACCUGCGGAAACUCCAGCAGCGGCGCCGCCUCAGCCUGAAGCCGUGGAGAGUCCUCCGAUCGCUCACAGCGAUAACCCGAAGCAGCAGAAGGAGAAAACGGUAGCAAGGAAGCAGCAGAAUUCCGGCGUAAACGACCUGGAGAUCCGUUCAUUCAGCAAAGAUCGCAGCCGUAGCGCGUAUGAUCUCGUCGAUCGUAUGCCAUUUCUCUACGUACGCGUACUCAAGGCCAAACGCACAAAUGCUGAGGCUGAUUCCUCCAUAUACGCCAAACUUGUGAUCGGCACUCAUGGUAUCCAUACGAAGAGCGUGACUGAUAAAGACUGGGAUCAAGUCUUCGCCUUCGACAAGGAAGGCCUCAACUCUACAGCUUUGGAGGUAUCAGUAUGGGUAGAGAAGAAAGACGCAGAAGCCAAUACCUCUACGGAUUCGUCUCUAGGUACGGUUUCUUUUGAUCUACAAGAAGUACCGAACAGAGUACCACCAGACAGUCCUCUGGCUCCACAAUGGUAUACCCUCGAAGGUCCGCCGGAGAACUUUACCGGAACUGACGUUAUGUUGGCGGUUUGGAUCGGCACUCAGGAAGAUGAAGCUUUUCAGGAAGCGUGGCAAUCGGAUUCCGGUGGGCUGAUUCCAGAAACCCGAGCCAAGGUGUACCUCUCCCCGAAGCUGUGGUACCUGAGGCUAACGGUCAUCCAAACCCAAGAUUUGCAGCUAGCUUCGGCUCCCGAGCCUAAGGCUCGUGGCCCCGAACUUUACGUGAAGGCUCAGCUUGGCGCUCAAGUUUUCAAGACGGGUAGGAGCUCUAUUAGCUCUAUCAGCUCAUCCAGCUCGGCUAACCCAACUUGGAACGAAGAUCUUAUUUUCAUCGCAGCAGAGCCAUUUGAACCGUUUUUGGUGAUAACCGUGGAAGAUGUAUCGAGUGCACAGUCGGUGGGCCAUGCCAAGGUACAUGUGCCUAGUAUCGAUCGGCGGAACGAUGAUCAAACAGAGUUACGUUCCCGAUGGUUUAAUCUAGUGGGCGAUGAGAGUAGACCGUACACCGGGCGUAUACACGUUCGAGUCUGUUUAGAAGGUGGUUAUCACGUGCUAGACGAAGCGGCGCAUGUUACAAGCGAUGUCCGAGCCGCAGCGAAACAACUAUCCAAGCCACCGAUUGGUUUACUAGAGGUGGGUAUACGUGGGGCCACCAAUUUACUGCCUGUGAAAACGAAGGACGGGACGCGCGGGACCACCGAUGCUUAUGUGGUUGCAAAGUAUGGGCCCAAGUGGGUCCGUACCCGUACGAUCCUUGAUAGGUUCAAUCCACGGUGGAAUGAGCAGUACACAUGGGAUGUAUACGAUCCAUGCACUGUUCUCACUAUUGGAGUGUUCGACAACGGACGGUACAAGCAUGAAGAAGCAGGGAAGUCUGGGAGGGAUGUUCGUAUGGGAAAACUGCGAAUUAGGUUAUCAAACCUUGAUACCAAUCGUCCGUACCUGAAUUCAUAUUCGCUAGUGGUUUUGCAACCUGGUGGGGCCAAGAAGAUGGGAGAGAUCGAACUAGCCGUGCGUUUCUCGUGUUCAUCAUGGGUGAGCCUGCUGCAGGCAUACACUAGUCCGAUGCUCCCGCGGAUGCAUUACGUACGGCCUCUGGGUCCCGGCCGACAAGACAUCUUACGGCACACAGCGAUGAGGAUAGUGACGGCACGGCUCGCACGGUCUGAACCACCGAUGGGUCAAGAAGUGGUCCAGUACAUGUUAGACUCGGAUAUCCAUGUGUGGAGCAUGAGGCGGAGUAAGGCCAAUUGGUUCCGGGUCGUCGGAUGCAUGACCCGAGCCGCAGCCCUUGCGCGAUGGUUGGAUGGGAUCAAGACUUGGGUCCACCCAUCUACGACCAUACUAGUCCACGUGCUUCUCGUGGCAAUCGUGUUAUGCCCUCACCUUAUACUUCCUACUGUAUUCAUGUAUGCCUUCUUUAUCGUGAUCUUGCGGUUUCGGGGCCGACACAGAACCCCAUCUAGUAUGGAUCCGAGACUAUCUCAUGUGGAUGCAGUGGGUCUUGAUGAGCUUGAUGAGGAAUUUGAUGGAUUCCCAACCACUCGAUCAGCCGAUCAGAUACGCACAAGAUAUGAGCGGUUACGAGCAUUAGCAGGGCGGGCUCAGUCGUUGCUAGGGGACGUAGCGGCACAAGGCGAGCGUGUGGAUGCGUUGCUCAAUUGGAGGGACCCACGUGCGACAGGGAUAUUUGUGGUAUUUUGCCUCUUAGCAUCUUUGGUAUUUUACGUGGUACCUUUCAAGGCGUUCGUGUUGGGUUCGGGGUUUUACUACUUGCGCCACCCAAGGUUUCGCGACGACAUGCCAUCCGUACCUGUCAAUUUUUUCCGGCGUCUCCCAUCUCUCUCUGAUCAAAUCCUCUAAGAAAUUUUCCGGCGAGUCUAAUGACUUUCAAUGCAGGUAAU